AUGAUAUGGUAUUCUAAAAUAAUUUAUAGUAAUAGUUACUUCAAACCUAUUGAAAUCUUUUGUUUGCUCCAUCGAAUUUAUGUUCAUUUAAGGUAAAAAAGAUGGAGCAUUAUAUAGGCUAAAUCUCCCUGUAUCAAUUUAAUUUAAGCUGGUUAGAAUAUGGAAAGUGUGUAUAAUGACACACUUAAUUGAGGUAAUGAAUCAACGAAUUUGA